AUGUGUAGAUGGACAGUGACACAAGGUGCACCGGCCGCCUGGUUCUCCUCCUGCCCCUGCCGUAGACCUCCUUCACUCCUCUCCCUCACCUUGCUGCUCCUGCUUCUCCUGCUCGGACCGUCCUCAUCCUCCCCGCUGUCCGCUUCGUCCGAAAACGGCCGCAAUGCACCAGGAGGGACUUCUCCUCACUUCCUCAUCUCAUACCCGCCACCCUCCUCAUCACCCACACCGCUUCACGCAUCCUCUGCAAGGUUGCCAAGGGCGACCAAUGUGUCAUCGUCGUCCGCGACGGUCGUUGGCCGGCACGUGCGAAGCAGCUACAAGCAUCUACAAGGGGAUGUGCGCUGGCGGAAACUGUUCUCCUCCCAGAAAUUCUACCUUCGCAUUGGCGAGGAGGGAAAGGUUAACGGCACCGGAAACAAGGACGAUCCAUACAGUGUUUUGGAGAUCAAAUCAGUGGAUGUGGGUGUGGUGGCCAUCAAGGGCCUCAAAAGUAACCACUACCUGGCAAUCAAGAAGAAUGGCGUUCUGUACGGAGCGAGAGAGUACGGCCCAGACUGCCGUCUAAUUGAACGCAUCGAGGAAAACAAGUAUAACACCUACGCUUCAGCUCAGUGGCUCAACAAGGACAAGCGCAUGUUUGUUGCACUGAACCCUAAGGGAAAGCCAAUGAAAGGAAGGAAGACACGAAGGAAAAACCCAGCCACUCACUUCCUGCCUAUUUUGUCAGAACAGCGAUGACUGGACAAAUCAGCAAAGGGAGAGCUCUGCAGAUUAAAGGCUAUUGGACGUUUUUUGGAGUUGAAGUGAUGGCUUCAUUGGACAGAUUCAAGUCUGAACAGUAUGAUGCACUGAGGAGGAAAAGAAAGGAAA